GCUAUAAAAUUUUCAUUUCCUACAAAGUCACCGAGCAAUCAUAUUAAUUUCAAUACGUAAGAUAAGUUUCUUUCAAACUACGGUUUGUAACCUAUCUAUCAUAUAUUUUUAACCUCUCACGAUCGAUUUACGAAGAAAGGAAAAUAAUUUGGAUCAUUGGGACUAAACUGUUCUGACGAACAAUGUGCACGAGAGGGUCGUAUGUCGAAAACCAAUUGCUCGUCAAUGAUACCGUGUUCUUGAAAACCAUGCUAUCCAAUCUCAAAAAGUGUGAGGAACUUACCAAUGCCACAAUGAAAUGCUACACGUCGCUUACGAAGACAGUUACAGACAAUACGCAGUCUUUUAUAAACGCUUCCACGCAAUGUAACCAACGAUCAAAUUCAGUCCAUUCUCUCAAUAAUGUGAUACGCGACUUGAGUGGAAAUGAUGAAUUUAUGAAAUAUAACGCACAAGUUCACUCCGAAACCCUCAGAUGUAUCGAAUUACUAAUUAAUGAGACGAAGGCUCUUCAGAAAGCCCUUGAUAAUCUCAAAUCCAAUCAGAAGGCUUACGAGUCGGCUCGCCAAAAAAUUCAUAAAAAAGAGGCCAAAUAUUCCAAGGCAAAUAAAUCGCUUACUGAGAGUUCCACGUAUCGUAAAAUAACUGAAAAACGUGACAGUCUGAAGAAACUGACACAAAGCAAACAAGAAGAAUAUAAAGCUAAGAAAGAAAAUCUUGUAAAGCGUGUCUCGGAAACCCUGUCCGAUGCCUACAACAACUAUUUGGAAUGCACCUCUAAUUUCACUAUGUUCCUUGGAAAUAUGAUGAAAAAAAACAUUCACGUGCGUCCCCCUAAUCCAUUCGAAGAGGCGCAACCAGCAUAUGCGUUGUGAGAUCCUCCUCCUAAUGCAUGUAUGCAUAUUCUUCUAUGCAAAUGCCAUUGGAAGUAAUGCAUUUCACUACAAUGUUAUUUAGUAUAUAUAUAUAUAUAUGCACACUAAAAUGUAGCCACAGGAGACUAGGAAAAAGAAGAAAAGUAUGCCUACACAAUGGUUCGGGGAUAAAAGUAAUUCGUGGUAGUUAUCCACGCAUUUCAACAUUGUCGGUAUUAAUGUAGAUUUUUAUACAUAUAUGGAUAUGAAUAUUGAUAUUUUUUGAUAUUAUGCAAGUCUAUGUUGAAUGCAAAUGUAAUAUGCAAGUUGAAAAGAAAAAAAACGGUGUGAUGACAUAAUUCAUCACCCCUCCCUGAAACGUGCACUGCAAUGGGUUGUGUAGAUUGGGUUGACAGUCUUACUCCACCCUAAGCAUGUUUCAAGUGCUAUCUUGUAUUUUUUUUUUGCUAUCUGAAAACAACGCCGCGUGCACUCCUCUAGAGCAUUCACACGGAUCAAAAGAAGAUACCUGUCGUCGUUCAUUUAUUCCUCAAACAUCAUUGUCUUACGUCUUCAUUUUUUCACAGGCAGGAGAAAUACUCAAUCACAAUGUGAUUAUAAAAUGCCGUGUUAUUUUAUGCAUGUGAUCUAAAAGGCAGACAAAUUGAAUACCUCAGGAAAGCUGAACCUCAUGUACAGACAAUUCAAAUAUCAUGAUUAAUUCCUCCCUUCUUAUAUCAUUUUGCUUUUCUUAGUUCACAGAAUAGCUGCAAGCUUUAUUGUGUGUUAAGUUCUGUGCGACCUCCCGCCAACGUGCUGGCAAGCAUUGGAACCGAUAACGUGGGUGUGAGCCAUACACACAUAUACGAUGCAAUUAAGAAAAAUGUAAGUAUUUCCUUGUUUAAUCUAAUAUUGAUAUGGAAUCUUAAGAAAGAAAAAGGCAUGGAGAUAAAGUAAA